AUGAAAAAUGAUGAAGCGAUACGUAAAGAAUACGAAUCACUAAACAUGUGGCUUAACGCUGAUGUUCCUGAAAAAGUGAAAAAUAAGAGAUUAAAGGUUAAUGAUAAAGAUAAUCGAGCUAUUUUCAAGAAAGUAAGAGUUGUACAGUACAAUAUUUCUUAUGGAACACAAACGCAAGCACAAACACAAAAUUCAAAUAAUAUAGUAAAAGAAGAACAGGCAGUUUCUACAAAUGAUAAAAAAUCGCAGGAAAUAGAUAUACGAAAUUGGGAAGUAAAAAAAAAAGAGGAGGAAAUUUUAAUUCAUCCAUCAUUUUCACGAAUUUCGCAAAAGUUCUCAUUCUCGUCAUCUAAGCAAGGUUCGUAUGUUGAAUCAAUAUUAGAACACGUUGAGAGGGCACUCUUGAUUCCUUGUAAACAUCUGAAAUAUAUUCCUUUCAACAUAGUAAAAGAAUUUGCAGUUAAAUGCCACCCUCCGCGAAAUAUUGACUUCUCGGAUGCCGAUCUACUUUGUCUCUUAAACUUCAUUAUAAAAAAUGUUUCUUUGUUUAUGAUUCCUAAUCCUGAUCAAACGCUCUUCCAUGGAGAGUAUAAACUAAAGCCGUUAGAUAUUCUUAAAUCCUUCAAAACUGAAGCAAGAAAUCACCAUGCGCACGGAAUAACGCAAAUUGAAGGUGGUGCGACGAAAAACUUCAAAGACUGUCGACUUUGUCAUUAG